AUGGGAGUUUCAUCGCGCAUUGGGAGAGCUGCGGCCCAUCUGAAGAACGCGAUUGAUAACUGGGAGCGAAAGCCGCUCUCAGGCGAAGCAACACGAGCUCUGGUAGAAGAAGCCAUUCGCUCGCUGCAAGAAAUCUCUACCCAACACCCGGCCCCGAAAAAGAAUCCUAGCAACCACUCGAUUCCUACACCUACACCCAAUCUCCAGAUUUAUUCUAUGAUCAUUGAGUACCUGAUCAAUAAUGGCGCCAUUGAAAGUGCCAAAACACUUAUUGAGGAGUUGCCAGAGUCAACUGGCCUGGAGACCGAGAACGACUCGAUUUCUCUGUACAAAAUCUACUCGCCUUGGCAGGAAGAGCUUGGUCUGUCAUCAGAAGAGAGCCUCUACAGACAAGCCAACUACCAACAAGAACUCGCUGAAAUCCAGCAAGAGGGCCGCGAGGCUCUGCAGCGCAGCACAGAUAUAGCCCAAAAGAGAACGCCCUAUCUUGACCGCCUAUACCAACCGAUCAGAAUGUACUUAGCUAGAAAGAGCCAACUGGCGUCGGACGAAGAUAAGGAAAAGCUGCUGCAAAAAGUCAUUGUUGAAAUUCGAUCGGGGUUUAUAUUUGAAGGCAGUUCUCUCAUUUGCCGGGAAGAGGAGAAUACCUUCCUCUUUUCACGGCACUCACAAGAGUACCAAACGGUCCUUCACUUUCUCUCUCUGCUAGUAACUCCCUUACACCACUCCGAAGUCAGCCGACGCCACCAGAAGUCCUUCUUUACUAAGACCGGCAAGCGCCACUUGCCCCUCGAAAUUCUCUACCAUGUCGGCAAGAAGAUGGAAAGCAUCAACAUAAAUCCCUACGACACCGAAACAGAGCCCAUUGAAUCGGCUGCACCUGCUUUGCUCUCCUUCCACUCCUCCUUUGUCUGCCCUGUUCUGCGCAGUGAGUGCACCAUUGACAACUUUCCUUGCAUACUAACUUGUGGGCAUGUUAUCUCCACCCGGGCAUUGAAAAAGAUCGCUCUCUUCAAGGGCUCACCAUUCAAGUGUCCGUACUGCCCCCGUGACAUUCAUUUGAAAGAAGUCUUCCGAUUAACACUUCCUAUUUAG